UAUCACUUUUAUCUAUCAUGAAGAAUCAUGAUUAAAGAUCUUUGGUUAUAUGUUAAUAUAUUAUAUAGAAUAUUAAAGUUUAAAUCAUAGAAAAAUAAAGUAAGUAUUUUUAAAACUUUAAAAAACGAAUACGAUGGAAAUUGACGAUCCAAAUCUUAAAGAAGGAAAUGGAAAAUUUUCUUUUUUAAACGGGGACACCUAUGAUGGAGAUUAUACAUUGCAUUUAAUUAAAGGCACCUUAUUCAAAAAUGGUGAUGGAGUAUACAUUACGGACGAUUUCAAUACAUAUAGCGGUAAAUGGAAAGAUGAUAACUUUGCUGAUGAAGACUUUUUCAUUCAACAUAACAACGGAACUCGAUAUAAUGGUGGAAUUAAUGCGUAUGGACAGAUGACUGGCAAUGGUAUAUAUUAUUUUCCCGACGAUUCAUCGAUAAAAGCAAUAUGGUACGAAAAUAAACCCGUUACCGAGAUUACUUAUCAAGAUUCACUUGGUUACGUUUGGAUCGUCGAAAGUAUUAAAGAUGACGUAAGAAAAUAUCAAAAAUAUUAUAUCAAUUUAUAUAUAUAGGAUGUCCAAAAAAACAUGAAACUAAAUUUAUGCUAAAUUAUUAUUCGGGAUCAAAUUGAUGAAAAAAGUUUGUAUAAAUUUAUGUUUACCUUUAAAGAUAUUUCUGAUUUAUUUU